UGACGUCAGCAGAAUGCGCCGGCGCUGGGAGCUCCGUGUCUGAGCAGCAGCAGCAGCGGGGAGACAUGGCGCUGUUCCCGGAGCGGAGCCGCGGCUCCGUGAGCGGCCUGUGGCGGCUCGCGGUGCUCCUGCUCGCCGUGUCGUCGCUGCCCGCCGCCACGGCGCUGCUGGAGGGGCUCUACUGCGGGACGGAGGUCUGCUACGACGUGCUGGGAGUCUCCCGGGAGGCCUCCAAGGCGGAGAUCGCGAGGGCUUACCGGCAGCUGGCCCGCCGGUACCACCCGGACCGGUACCGGCCCGAGGAGCCCGGAGAGGAGGAGAACGCUCACUCCAAGUUCCUGCUGAUCGCGACGGCUUAUGAGACACUGAAGGAUGAAGACUCGCGGCGCGACUACGACUACAUGCUGGACCACCCUGAGGAAUACUACCAGCACUACUACGCCUAUUACCGCCGCCGCCUCGCCCCCAAGGUCGACGUCAGGAUCGUCAUCCUCGUCACCAUCUGCGCCAUCUCUGCCGUCCAGUACGUCAGCUGGUGCAGCAGCUACAACAAGGCCAUCAACUACCUGGUGACCGUCCCAAAGUACCGGAUCCAGGCCACCGAGAUCGCCAAGCAGCAGGGCCUGCUCAGCCGCACCAAGGAGAAGGGCAAGAACCGGCGCUCCAAGGACGAGAUCCGCGAGCAGGAAGAGGAAGUGAUCCGUGACAUCAUCAAGAACAAGAUCGACAUCAAGGGUGGCUACCAGAAGCCGAACCUGUCGGACAUCCUGCUGUGCCAGAUGGCGCUGUUCCCCUUCUACCUGAGCCGCUACGUGGCGUGGUACGCCCGCUGGGUGUACCGCUUCACCGUCUGCCGGGAGGACUACGGCGAGGAGGAGAAGCUCUACCUCAUCAGGAGGAACAUGAAGCUGUCGCAGGCCCAGUUCGACAGUCUGGAGGAAAACGCCAAGCAGACGUUCCUGGAGAAGCAGCUGUGGGUCCGAGAAAACUACGAGGCGUACAGGAAGGAGCGCGAGGAGGAGAUGAAGGCCAAGCUGGCGACCGACCCCAAGAUGAAGCGGUACCGCCGCUGGAUGAAGAACGAAGGCCCGGGUCGGCUGACCUUCGCAGACGACUGACGGCGGCGCCGCCCGUCCAGAACCAACACGCCUGCCUCAGCGCCGGCUCAACGCCCGACCCGGCCCGGCCCGGUGCCGGCGCCGGCGGACUCCAGCCCGGCUGUUUGCAGCCGUUGCUACAGAUAUUUUCUACAGACGCGCCUCAGAGUGACUGAAUAAACUGCGAGCUGCAGCUUGAUGUAUUUCUCAUUCUAACAUUUUUACCCCAUUAAAAGAAGCAGAUCAAGUUUAUAUUUAAGGUUAAAAAAUGUUUGUGAUAAUUAUUUCCUCCACAUUCAGCCUUUGCAGCCUGAAAUAUAAAAAUAAGUGUCCUUUAAAAAGGCAGCAACAAAUAAACUCCUGCUGCUGAUGAAGCUGUUAAAGAGAUGAAUGUUUUCUUGCCUGCAGCGUCCCGACGGUUCGGUGCUGCAGCGUCCCGACGGUUCGGUGCUGCAGCGUCCGACGGUUCGGUGCUGCAGCGUCCCGACGGUUCGAUGCUGCAGCAUCCCGACGGUUCGGUGCUUCAGAAAAAAAGCUAGACUUCUGGAACCCAGAAAUGUUCAGUUUUUUUUUUUAUUGAAAUUUUCCUCUUUUUUCUGUCUACGAAACGCUGCCAUAGAUUUGCUGAAACUUGCACCAGAAAGAGGUUUUGGGUCCUGCAGGAAUGUGUUCCAGUUUUAUAACUGAAUAAACUUUAAUAAAAGCUAAAUUUAUGAUUCUGAUCAAAACGUUGAUGCAACUUCAACUAAUUUUCUCUUUGGUCUGAGAAACAACAGAAAUGAUGCGAUAAGAUCAGAUAAAGUGUGAAACUGAAGGGAAGAUGAUUUUCAGACUCAUCCUGGUUUCCUCUUUGGCUUCUGCGUCAAAUGAUCAAACCCUUUGUGUAUAAAAUUAUAAUCAUGUGUAUUAUGAAUUUCAUAGGGAGAUGAAAAACUGAAAUUAUUACGACAAACUCGUUUUAACUGUUUUUGCAUCUCAGUAUAACGAUGGAUGAAUAAAAGCAGUUAGAGACA